AGACGUGUGAUGCCCGCCCCUGGGCUAUUCGCCCUUGCCGUCGCCACCGACCCUCUGUGCCCAGAUCCGCAGACGUGUUGGCUCAAGUCUUGGGGGGCUCCGCGGAUCUACCGACCGUCGGAUGGCGCCCGACACGCUCGAGAAGCCUUCGGGGGGCAAGCUGUCGUCGUCCAAUGGCGACGGCUACAGGCCAGAUAUCGAUGGCCUCCGCGCGCUCGCUGUGCUGUCCGUGUUCGCAUACCACAUCAACAAAGCGUUGCUGCCUGGCGGCUUCACGGGCGUUGACGUUUUCUUCGUGAUCUCUGGCUACGUCGUGAUGGGUUCGCUCCUGCGAAGCUCGCCCGAUCAAUCGCAGCUGAAUGGUGAGUCCGCGAGGUUGACGGAAGUCGAUUUGGGCGAAGCUGCAUCGUCAUCAGAGUCUUCCGAUUCAGAAACACGUGGUUGCGUCCCGGCUGGGCGGGGGUCGUGGUUUGAUUUUACUCUUGAGAGCAUCAUGGGAUUCUAUGCCCGCCGCAUGAAGAGAUUAUUACCUGCGAGCGUGGCUCUCAUAUUCGUGGUCGGUCUUUUGAUUGCGGUCGUCAUCCCUCCUUGGGAGCUUUACCGCAGCAGGUAUUACAAAUCAGGAAUGCUGGGGCUUGUAGGGUGGGCGAACCAGUAUUAUGCAUCUUUGGAGAUCAGCUACUUCGACGAGGGUGCAGCCACUCUGGAGAUGAACCCGUUCACACACAUGUGGUCUUUGGGAGUGGAGGAGCAGUUCUAUCUUGUGUUUCCACUGGCCAUGUUCAUUGCAUAUCCGCAGUGUGGCCGCAUCGCGAGAUUGCCGUCCGUGUUAUUGCCCAAGGUUGUCUUCGGGUCGGCGCUGGCCCUGUCGCUGCUCACGUCGUGGUGGUUGACUGCUGCGUCGCCGCAGUACAGGGGCACGGUGGCGGAUACGAUUCCAUCAAGGCUGUGGGAGCUCAUGGCGGGAGUCAUGCUCUGCGAGCUGCACGUCUCCAGCGGGCAGGCGGUAUCCCAGUCCCUGGGCGUCCCAGGAGACCUGGUGGGGGGCGCGGCAGCCGCCCUCAUCGGCUACUCGCUGCUGCGCACCAGGGACGACCAGGGCUUCCCAUGUCCAGGGGCCCUGCCGGCAGUUCUUGGGACGCUGGCGUUCAUCGAUUCUGGUACGUCACGGUUGUCGUUCACAAGCUGGUGCUUCAGUUUCCCGGCGCUGGUCUACGUCGGAAAGCUAUCGUAUCCCAUCUACUUGUGGCACUGGCCCCUGCUCGUGCUCAGGCGGCACCUCGCUCAGGAGUCCGUGGCGUCCACGGCCCUGUGCGUUGUGCUCGUCUUCCUGCUCGCCGCCAUCUCGCACGAAGUCCUAGAGGGGCAGGUGCGGAGAUGGCGCCCGAGGAGCAAGAUUCAGUGGGAAGUGUUCGCCGUCAUGCUGCCUCUGGUCCUUGGCUGCUUGUCAUGGCUCUGGUUGCUCAAUGCCGAAGGCCUCAUGAUCUUCGGGACCACAGAGUCUGCCCUUGGAUGUGGGAGAGUGAGCCCCGCCAACGAGGCUGUUUUGCUGUCGCCGCCUCCAUCGCAGCGUAAGCUUGUCGACAACCACUGCGGUUGUUCCUACCUGGAGCCAACGUUCCACGUUCCACAGUUUGCCCAGACAGGCGAGGGAGCCAGUUCUUUAACUGCCUGCUAUCGGUAUGCACCGCCGCCACUGAGUGGCCACCAUGAUGAACCAGGCUCGCCCUUCGUCGGACCCUGUACAGUAGCAGGCAGGUCUGCGCGUUGGCGUAAGGACAGAGCGGUCUUGGCCCGACAGGCUGACGAGUGCCUUCAACCAGACAGGGGCGCAGAUAAUGACGCGAAGGCUCUUUGGCUCGCGGGGGACUCUCACUCAUCUCAUCUGGUGCCCGCCCUGGAGAUGGCGUCCAUCGGGUACUCGUUGAGGUCUUUCCGUACGACUGCUCCAUGUUCUUCCUAUUAUCAGAGGCGUUAUCCUGAGUGCGAUGCUUACGUGGAUAUGGUCACCAAGUCCGUUUUGAAGUACGCAAGACCUGGAGAUAUCUUCGUUCUUGCUGGCCGCAGACGUUCUUCACCUAACGACCUUGAGGAUUACAAGGUUUUCGUAGAAAGCUUCGCAAAGGACCUUGCGCAUGCCGGUGCUUCAUUACUGCUGCUGGGUGACGCGACGGCAUUCGGUCCUCCUGGCACCAGCUGUAUACCAACGUGCUUCACAUCAGGCGCUCGGGACGACUGCGAGAAACCUUUCGCGACGGCCAAACAUGAGCAGCGUAUUUUCACAAAUAUCUCCAGGGGCUUGGCCGCGCAGCUGCCAGGAGUUUACUUCUUCGACUUCAUGCCUUUGCUCUGUUCCGACAAGACGUGCAGCGUCUUCAUUCCUGGAACGAAUACGCUUCUCAACUGGGAUGGAGGCCACCUCACGAUCGCUGGCUCGAAGUACCUCUGGCCAUGGUUCUGUUCUGUUCUCCGGAACAUAUCGUUGGACGGGGCACCAUUCGAGCCUGUGGCCGUAGUGAAUACGUGAGAAGUCCAGUAAAUGCGUAGGACGCCUCGUGCGAAAGCACAUGGCGCAACAUCUGAGAUACCAUCUUGGACCGCCUUGAGGUCGAAAAGGCGAGCGCGUCAAACAUGCAGACACGCGACCCUUCCGCCGCGCACCGUCGACCCUGCCGUGCAACAGGAUCUUGCCGUGCGGGAAGAUCACUCUCACGCUUCGCCGUUGCCACGUUUUUUACAAUGCUCCCCCCUGGCUCUCGACGACUGUAUGACCCUCCCCCUCUUCCUAUUGUUGGGCGAGGGGCUGUGACCAUUACCGGCAUGCAUUUCCGCACGUCCGGUCCGUGCCUUGAUACCCUUGAUAGUGUUUCUCUUAUCGUCGCCCAGACUGGAGCCAAUGUUGCGUCUCGGUUAACGCUGGGGAGAAAAUGUUUGUGCAUGCUACAUAUGCCACGCAGCCUUUCGCUCCAGGCCUGGGGCGCCCACCGCCUCGAGAGAGGUAUGUUGGGAGGGGGAGGAACGGAAUUAGUGUUCCUUCCAAUGCGGGGAACUGAUCGUCGCUGGCGCCAGCAGCCAGCAUACAGCUAGUUCGCAGGCUUGUUGCCGCGGCAGAGGGGGCCAUCCCCCCUGACCAGGAUCCCGAGCAUCGUGCGAAAAUAUGCAGUGGUGGAGCGCCCGGGCCCGAAGCCUCGUGGCCCGCCAGCCUCUUCAAAGGGCUCCAUCCCUUCUCAUUGUACCCGUUAGCCAGCGUGGGCCCCGAACAGAGUGUUUCUAGCAGUCUGUGUCGUGCAACCUGUGUUGUGCAAAUUAUGUAGUGCAGUCUACGGA